CCAACACGGGCAAUUAUCACUCUUCACUGUAUUUAGCUUCCCUCCCCACAGACCCUCGCUCCAUUUAUUUGAUCGCUGGUUUAUUUUUUUUAAAACCCGGCCAAUCCGGUUCACUGGCCGGUCUUCUUCGGCCUUGAUUCUUUCUCCGACCGGUUCAUACCACAAAAUCUCGACUCCCUAGCCAAGCUCAGUUUUCUGCUCCCGGAAUCGCUGUCAGAUCUUAUCAUCCGAGAGAAUUUUUUAUUCCAGGGCUUGUGAAAAGCGUUUUUCGAAUCGAACGACGUCGUACUGGUUCAAUUUUUUUGGGCGGUGGAUUGGCUGCGAAGCAUGACAGGAACGAGGCUCCCAACAUGGAAGGAGAGGGAGAACAACAAGCGGAGAGAGAGGAGACGGCGAGCGAUCGCCGCGAAGAUCUACUCCGGUUUGCGUAUGUACGGUAACUAUAAACUGCCUAAGCACUGCGACAACAACGAGGUCUUGAAAGCUCUCUGCAACGAGGCCGGUUGGACGGUUGAAGAAGACGGCACCACUUACAGAAAGGGAUGCAAACCUGUGGAACGCAUGGAUAUUAUGGGUGGCUCAGCAUCAGCAAGUCCAUGCUCAUCAUACCAGCCAAGCCCAUGUGCCUCCUACAAUCCAAGCCCAUGUGCCUCCUAUAAUCCAAGCCCAUGUGCCUCCUACAAUCCAAGCCCUGCCUCUUCAUCUUUCCCAAGCCCUGUCUCAUCCCGUUACGCUGCAAAUGCGAAUGCUAGUGCUGAUGCCAAUGCCCUCAUUCCAUGGCUCAAAAACCUCUCAUCUGGCUCAUCAUCAACCUCAUCCAAGUUCCCCCACCAUCUCUACAUCCAUGGAGGUUCUAUAAGUGCUCCAGUUACCCCUCCAUUGAGCUCUCCAACUGCCCGAACUCCACGACUCAAGAAUGACUGGGAUGAUACAACUGGUGGGCCAGGCUGGGCCGGGCAGCGCUACUUUCUGCCUUCUUCCACCCCUCCAAGCCCUGGCCGUCAGGUUCAUCCUGAUUCAGGAUGGUUUGCCGGUAUGCAAAUUCCCCAAGGUGGGCCAGCAUCUCCCACAUUCAGCCUUGUCUCAGCAAACCCAUUUGGUUUUAAAGAGGAGGUUUUAGCAGGUGGAGGAUCUCGAAUGUGGACUCCUGGGCAAAGUGGGACAUGCUCUCCUGCAGUUGCUGCGGGAUCUGAUCAUACAGCUGAUGUUCCAAUGGCAGAUGGGAUUGCAGCUGAGUUUGCAUUUGGCAGCAAUACAACAGGGUUGGUGAAGCCAUGGGAAGGAGAGAGGAUCCAUGAGGAAUGUGGAUCCGAUGAACUUGAGCUCACCCUUGGGAGCUCUAGAACCAGAUAAGAGGACAGAAGGAAAAUUGACCUUGGGUCUCAUGGUUUGGCUUUAAGCUUCUCGUUGUGCAAAAUGCAACUAGUUCUUACCAUGUUGAUGAUUUCAAAUUUGCAAUGUUUCAGUUGGGAAGGCAGAUCGAGUUUGAAAUACAGUGAGUAGGAUCAGCUGUUCUUUAAAGAAAAUUUUUUACUGAAAUUAAAUUAUAAAUAGUCAAUGGUGGUGAUUUUGCCCCUUCUCUUAAGGUCAUUACUUUUUCCAACCUAGUAGUUUUCUUUACAGCAUCCUACACCAAUAUUGAUUGUUUGUGUGACUUGGGGUUUGUGAUUGAAAAGGAUUUUGGAUGUGAAGAUCAACCGAUUGAUUAUGGAGUUCUGACCAUACUGGCACAUCUCUAUUA